AUUUGCUCUUGUGCAUUGCCCAAUGAGUUUGCUUUGUCUCUCAGCUGCUUCUUCGUCAUUUUCUCGGUCGAGUAAGCUGGAAUCCUUCUGUGCUGUUCUUGUUUGGUUAAUCCUCUCCAAAUUUCUCAAAUCAUCAACACUAUUCCGACAAAAUCAAGAUGGGCAGCAUAGCUGAGCCAAGCGCUGUUACCUCACACGUUCCAUACCCCACGAACCCUCUAUUCUCGCUCGCAGGUCGCACAAUAGCAAUAACCGGAGCAGGAAGAGGACUGGGCAUAACCCUCGCUGCAGCCGUCCUCGAAGCUGGUGGCCAUGUAGCAUGCAUCGAUAUCCUUCCUGUGCCCUCAGAAAUUGAAUGGACAUCACUACAAGCGAUCGCAAAGGCAUUAAAGCUUACUGUUACAUACCACAGGUGCGAUAUCAUUUUGGAAGACAAAGUUUCUGCGACUUUGGAUCUGAUCGCCGAUACUGGUUCCAAACUUGGUGUCCCCCUGAUGGGAACUAUUGCUUGUGCUGGAAUUCAGCAGAAAAUCCCAGCGGUUGAUUAUCCUGUCGAUGGUUUCAGGCGGAUAAUGGAUGUCAAUGUGACAGGAACGUUUUUGACCAUCAAGCAUUCUGCGAGGAUAUUCAUGAAAGAGGGAACCAAAGGCAGUGUCGUUAUGAUUGCUUCAAUGUCAGGGCAAGUUGCCAAUAGAGGUUUGACUUGCACUGCAUACAACACUUCAAAGGCAGCUGUUCAGCAGAUGUGUAGAUCAGUUGCUCAGGAAUGGGGAGCUCAUGGUAUAAGAGUGAACACACUCUCUCCAGGCUACAUACGGACAGCGAUGACCAAUGGGCUUCUUGCUGCAGAACCGGGAGUUGAGAAAACAUGGAUGGCAGGUGCUUUACUUGGUAGACUUGGUGCGCCUGAAGAUUUCAAGGCUCCAGCUGUCUUUCUGCUCGCUGAUGGCAGCUCGUGGAUGACUGGAGCAGACCUCAGGGUAGAUGGGGGACACUGUGCCUCGGCGUAAUUCAUCUUUGUCGUUAUCUAGA